CAAAUAAUGGAAGUGCCUGCCAUCACAUUCCUUUAUGUGUGUGUUCCAGAUUAUCCCAAUCAGCAAGCAACAAACAAAACUGUCACCCUGUAAUCAUUUUCAUCGUCAGUGUCUCUCUCUCUCUCUCUCUCUCUCUCUCGUACACACACACACACACACUCUACAAAAACUCCUCCCAACAGAUGACACCUCACAAUCGCCGCCGUCUUCCUCCUUACCUCUGAACCCCCCGUCGUUUCCCAUAUGGCCUCCCCUUCCGACGACCCGGUUCACAAUGGCGCCGCUGUGGGUCCUUCCGGUCCUCCCGACAUCCUUCAAGAAUUCAGCCACCACGACCCGACCGUGGCUCGAAUCAACAACGGCAGUUUCGGGUCAUGCCCAUCUUCCGUGCUUUCCGCCCAGCAAGAAUGGCAGCUCAAGUGGCUCCAACAACCCGAUGAUUUCUACUUCAACACCCUCAAACCUUCCAUCCUCAAAACCCGAUUGAUUAUCCGGGAUUUAAUCAACGCCGACCACGUUGACGAAAUCUCCAUCGUCGAUAACGCCACCACCGCCGCCGCCAUUGUUCUCCAGCACAUCACCUGGUCGUUCUUCUCCAGUCAAUUUCAACCCGGGGACUGCGCCAUCAUUCUCCACUAUGCUUACGGGGCUGUCAAGAAAUCCCUUCAGGCCUAUGUUGCCCGGGCCGGCGGCCACGUCAUCGAGGUCAAGCUUCCGUUCCCGGUGAGUUCGGAUGAGGAAAUUAUUUUGGAAUUUAAGAAGGCCCUGGAUUUGGGAAAGGUUAAUGGUAGGAAAAUUAGACUGGCUGUGAUUGAUCAUAUUACUUCGAUGCCUACUGUUGUAAUUCCUGUUAAACAGUUGGUGAAGAUGUGUAGAGAUGAAGAUGUGGAUCAGAUAUUGGUUGAUGGUGCGCAUGCCAUUGGUUGUGUUGAUAUUGAUGUUAAGGAUAUUGGGGCUGAUUAUUACACUAGCAAUUUGCAUAAAUGGUUCUUUUGCCCACCGGCUGUAGCGUUUUUGUACUGUAGGAAGUCGGAAAAUUUGAAGCAAUUGCACCAUCCUGUGGUUUCGCAUGAGUAUGGAAAUGGAUUGGCCAUUGAGAGCUCUUGGAUUGGAACUAGAGACUACAGUGCGCAAUUGGUUCUGCCGGAAGUGAUGCAGUUUGUGAAUAGGUUCGAUGGUGGGAUUGACGGCAUAAAGAGGAGGAAUCACGAGAAGGUCAUGGAAAUGGCAAUGAUGUUGGCAAACGAGUGGGGAACACAUUUAGGUGCACCUCCAGAGAUGUCUUCAAGCAUGGCCAUGGUUGCAUUGCCCACUAGUUUGGGGAUUUCAAGUGAGUCUGAUGCCCUGAAGUUGAGGACUCACUUGAGGAAUACGUACAAAGUUGAAGUUCCUAUAUACUACAGAGCACCGGAAACAGAAGGGGAGGUUAACUCGGUAACAGGUUAUGCGAGGAUUUCUCAUCAAGUGUACAACACAAUUGAGGAUUAUCAUAGGUUUAGGGACGCUGUGAACACUCUCAUUCAAACAGGGUUUACUUGUGCUCUUCUCACCAAAUUACUGGCUGAUGAGAGUUGAGUUGCCGGUUCUUGUAUCACAUUUCGGUUUAGUUUAGCUGGUUACUGAUCCCCCAUAACUUCAAAGUAGAUGAAUAACUUCAGAUUUAAUGACUAAUCUGACAAAAAUUGUCUUUCAAGCCCGUGACAGCUCGGCUUAGGAAAUGCAGGAGCGCUAGAUAAGCACCAGCCUGUGGAGGCUUUUGGCAACUAUGGCUUACCAGUCUGUAACAGUCCUGCAUUGGUCCAUUAGCCGGUCACCUGGAUACCAAGUAACUCCAGAAGCAGAUCUGCUAAGAAAACUGUGCUUCGUGGCCUGGAUCCUAGAGUUUAUGUACUGAUACUUUGAUGAUUUUAAGAAUUCAGUAGCCAUGGCUUAAGUCCUGAAGUGUGGACUUGGGAUUUUUUUGAAGGUUAUACACACACACCAUAUUCUUAGUUCUUUUGCGGUUUGAUGUGGCUCUAUGGAUUUAAUAGUAAGGUUGAAGAAAAUAAUUAAGAUUUGAUCAUUGAAAACAUUGUUGGUUAGUACAAUUUGAGUAAUAUUGAUACUUCUUUUUUACAAAAUUCUUUUUUCUUUUUCUUUUGGCAUAUUGAUAUGCUACUUUAGUUUGUUGAAUCUUACUACAUGUAAUAACUUAAGCGGG